AUGAAUUCUUUAUUAUUCACAACUUCAAAGGCCUCCGUGUCUUCAAAAUUUGCUUUCCAAAGAUCAUCACGUUUUGUUAGAUCUUUGGCAACUGCAACUUCUCAAUUAACUUCAGCUAAGAAAUUAGAUAGAGCAACUUUUACAAUCCGUAACGGUCCAAUCUUUGAUGGUUAUUCAUUUGGUGCUAAUAAAAACAUCAGUGGUGAAGCUGUCUUCACAACUUCUUUAGUUGGUUACCCAGAAUCAAUGACUGAUCCUUCUUAUAAAGGUCAAAUUUUAGUCUUUACUCAACCUUUAAUUGGUAAUUAUGGUGUUCCAAGUGGUGAAGCUCGUGAUGAAUUCAACUUGUUGAAAUAUUUCGAAAGUCCACAUGCUCAAUGUAUUGGUAUUGUUGUUGCUGAUGUUGCAUUGAAAUAUUCUCAUUGGACUGCUGUUCAAUCUUUAAGUGAAUGGUGUCAAAAAGAAGGUGUUGCAGCUAUUACUGGUGUUGACACUAGAGCCAUUGUCACUUUCUUGAGAGAACAAGGUUCUUCAUUAGCUAGAAUCAGUAUUGGUGAAGAAUAUGAUGCUGAUCAAGAUGAAGCAUUCCAAGAUCCAGGUGCUGUUAAUUUGGUUCAUAAAGUUACUACUAAAGCUCCAUUCCAUAUCCCAUCAAAAGGUGAUUAUCAUGUCGCUGUUAUUGAUUGUGGUGUUAAGGAAAACAUUUUAAGAUCUUUAGUUUCAAGAGGUGCUUCAGUUACCGUUUUCCCAUAUGAUUAUCCAAUUCAUAAGAUUGCAACAUCAUUUGAUGGUAUUUUCAUUUCAAAUGGUCCAGGUGAUCCAACCCAUUGUGCUUCAACUGUUUAUCAUUUACAACAAACUAUGGAAAACUACCAUGGUCCAAUCUUUGGUAUUUGUUUAGGUCAUCAAUUAUUAGCAUUAGCUGCCGGUGCUAAAACUAUCAAGAUGAAGUAUGGUAACAGAGCUCAUAACAUUCCAGCUUUAGAUUUGACCACUGGUAAAUGUCACAUCACUUCACAAAAUCAUGGUUAUGCCGUUGAUACCACUACUUUACCUAGUGAUUUCAAACCUUAUUUUGUUAAUUUGAAUGAUCAAUCAAAUGAAGGUAUGAUGCACGUUUCCAAACCAAUCUUCUCUACUCAAUUCCAUCCAGAAGCUAAAGGUGGUCCGUUAGAUUCUUCAUUCUUAUUUGACAAGUACUUUGAUUUAAUUAGAGAUUACAAGUCUAAACAAAAUGAAUUGGUUGGUGUUGUUAGUAACAAGCCAACUGAUUUAUUGGUUAAUAUCCUUUCCAAAGAAAGAGUUUAUUAG